AUGGCACCAGAAGAGAAGCCUCAACAUCUUGAGCCCUCAAAGCUUGGCACAAAACAAUAUUGGGAUGAUCUCUACACAAAUGAGAUAUCAAACCAUUCUGCCGAUCCCUCCGACAUUGGCACAGUUUGGUUCGACGACUCGGAUGCUGAAGCAAAGAUACUCGAGUUUUUAGACGGCCUGCUCGACCCCUCUGACCCAGACUCACCAGUGCUUUCUCGCGAGAAAUCUACGUUCCUUGAUCUCGGCUGCGGAAACGGUUCCUUGCUCUUUUCUCUCCGCGGAGAAGAAUGGUCCGCACGUGCCCUCGGUGUCGACUAUAGCCCUCAAAGUAUUGCCCUUGCACGCCAGAUCACAGCUACAAAGGAUGAUCUUGAAGAACCUGUAGAAUUUGAAGAGUGGGAUCUCAUAGCGGGAUCCUAUGAUCCUGUGCUCAAUGGGGAACAAGCUCAAGGUUGGGAUGUCGUGCUUGAUAAGGGUACAUUUGAUGCCAUCUCUCUGAGCGAUGAAAAAGACGCCCAAGGACGACGGUUGUGUGAGUGUUAUCGCGAAAGGGUGUUGCCACUGGUCCGUAAAGGCGGUAUCUUCCUGGUAACUAGCUGUAACUGGACCGAGACUGAGCUGAAGGGUUGGUUUGAGAAGACUGAUGCUGAGGGGUUCGACGUCGUUGGUAGAGUGGAAUAUCGAUCCUUCAGCUUUGGAGGACACAAGGGACAAACCAUCAGUACACUCUGCUUCCGCAGGGUAUGA